UUAACAACAUUACAAUACCCCAAGAAGCUCCAUGCACCACUCAUUCACUUAUUCUUCUUUAACAAAAAUAAUGCAAAUAUCAAAAAUGCUUUCUUCCACAUUCUUUUCACUCUUUCUUCACCAUCAUCACCUACUUCCACUCUUUCUCUUCAUUCAUAUGGCAAAGAAUCUUUCUAAAUAAUAACACAAAGAUUCCAAAACACACACACUUCUUUCACUAUAAUUGUUCGUUGUUUUUUUUAUCUUUCCAUCAAGAAAUGAAUUUGAAUCACUCUUGUGGUUUUUCUUUAACCAAACAUACAAGAAAAACAUCAUUAACUUCUUCUAUUUACCUUAGAAACUCUCAUAUCUUUCUUUCUAGAGAGUUUCUCCAUGUGAAGCCACUUCCACUUUCACCAAACAUAGCAAAAAAUUUGAAAAACUGUAAACUCACACACCCUUUUGCUAGCUUAUCAUCUUUUGCAGAAGCAGAAGGAGAAGAGGGUUCAAAAGAAGAAAUUCAGCUCAAUGAACAUCACCAACAUGCUGCAACAGAAAACGGGGAGAAUAAUGAUGAAGUAUCAGGAAUGGCUAAAGCAUUUCACAUAUCAUCAAGAACAGCUUCUGCUAUAACAAUAUGUAUAGUAAUGGCUGCACUUGUUUUUCCUUUGUUUAUGACAUCUUUAGGACAAGGUUUGGCAUUGAAGACAAAGAUGUUAUCAUAUGGAACACUUUUGUUUGGAUUUUACAUGGCUUGGAACAUUGGUGCUAAUGAUGUUGCAAAUGCAAUGGGAACUUCAGUUGGAUCUGGUGCAUUGUCACUUAGGCAAGCUGUGUUGACAGCUGCAGUGUUGGAGUUUUCAGGGGCAUUGUUGAUGGGAACUCAUGUGACUAGUACAAUGCAGAAGGGAAUUCUUGUUGCUAAUGUUUUUCAGGGGAAGGAUACUUUGCUUUUUGCAGGGUUGCUUUCUUCUCUUGCUGCUGCUGGUACUUGGUUACAGUUUGCAUCAUAUUAUGGUUGGCCAGUAUCUACUACACAUUGUAUAGUUGGAGCAAUGGUAGGGUUUGGCCUAGUUUAUGGAGGUGCUGGAGCUGUAUUUUGGGGUUCACUGGCAAGAGUGAUUUCGUCAUGGAUUUUCUCGCCACUACUGGGAGCAGCAGUAUCGUUUAUUGUCUACAAAUGCAUCCGAAGGUUUGUAUACAGUGCAAGUAACCCAGGACAAGCAGCAGCGGCAGCAGCACCGAUUGCUGUAUUUCUCGGCGUAACUGGAAUUUCCUUUGCUGCUUUCCCACUUAGCAAGAUUUUUCCAAUAGCUCUAAGCCAGGCAUUAGCUUGUGGAACCGUCGGGGCUUUCCUGGUCAACAGAACUAUCCGUAAACAACUUGGACAUCUUCUAGACAAGUCAAAUACUCCAGAUCUGGAACCUGUCCCCCAAAACAUAAGCUUCUUCUCUGAUAUUACAGGUCCAAAGGGUACUCAACUUGAAAUAGUUUACGGAGUUUUCGGCUAUAUGCAGGUUUUAUCAGCAUGUUUCAUGUCAUUUGCUCACGGUGGAAAUGAUGUCUCCAACGCAAUAGGUCCAUUGGCCGGUGCGUUAGCCAUUCUACAAGGCGCAGCAAAAGGAGCUGAUAUAGUUAUUCCGAUUGAUGUUCUUGCUUGGGGUGGAUUUGGAAUUGUUGCAGGGCUAAUGAUGUGGGGUUACAGAGUUAUAGCUACAAUUGGAAAGAAAAUAACGGAACUUACACCGACAAGAGGAUUUGCAGCCGAGUUUGCGGCUGCUUCAGUUGUUCUGUUUGCUUCAAAGCUAGGGCUACCGAUAUCGGGGACACAUACGCUAGUUGGUGCAGUAAUGGGAGUUGGAUUCGCGAGAGGAUUUAACAAUGUUAGAUCAGAAACAGUGAAGGAGAUUUGUGCUUCAUGGGCGGUUACUAUUCCGGUUGGCGCUACCUUAUCCGUGAUUUACACGUGGAUUUUGACUAAGCUUUUGUCUUAUGUUUUAUGAGUGUGCAUUUUCAAGAUAUAUUAUAACAGGUUAUAUGUAUGUGGUUACUCAAUUCAAUUCACCAGCGCCGUCUUUUGAGAUUAUUGUUUAUUUGUGAGGAUUGGCAAGGGAUGAAAUUUUUGGUGUUUGAUUUCUAUGUGAAGACUGUGAUUGCAGAAGAGACUGAUGAAAUUGCAGACAUGUUACUUUUCUGUAGCUAAGUUGAAAUAAUUUAGCAAUCGUUAGACUUUGAAGGAUGAAAAUUCAGAGAAAAAGUUGGAAGAAAAGCUUCUAUGUAUGUAUUUAAUAAAUUCAUUUUAACAUUUUUGUUUUUGCUUA